AUGCCACCGCCGCCUGGCUUACCUGACAGCGUCAGGAGACCAGGGGUAUUGUAUACUUCGCCGUACAAACCUCCUCUGCCGACUCUCCCGUCGCGAGUAUCGCAACAAGCCAAGCCCACAGAAGUUCAACUGCCACCACUCAUCGCGGGGGCGUUGAAUGCCGCCUUUGCAAAGGCCCUGGCUGACGGACUCGACAACGAGCUUCUGACUCACUACUACAUCAGCGAGCAGAAAUUCCCCGUAAACCUCGAUCGUGUAAUCGAUCGCCUCUUGUCCAAGUUCACCCUGGAGCUGUGGGACGAGCUCUAUCAGUUUUACCAAGAGGCAGGGUCCGAGCCUUCGCGACAAGUCACCUUGCUCUUUGAGGGUCCGAUCCGCCAAAUAAUCUUGAUCCUCAACGGCCCCGAGGCGGCCAAGUGUGUCCUCGACAAACUGGCGCCCGGCUUGUCGCAGAGGAAGGAGUCAUGGUCGACGAGUGCAACUGGCAUCGACCUGGCUCUGUCCUUGCAGCUCCUCUGUAGCUAUUGGCACAGAGAGAUGCCUUCGCAGUCUCCGGGAGGCUCACCGGACGACAUUGCCCGCAACCUCCACACGCAAAUCAUGAACGGGAACUCGGCACAGAACCUCAUCGCUUCUAUUCGUAAUGUCUUAAUGACUCCACACUAUGUUCAGGUUCACAUCACCGAAUCCGCCAUCUGGAACCUUCUUUUGAAACGACCAUUUCCUCCCCCCGCGGACGGCUUCCACGUUGUCCAGUUCAAAUUCGAUUGUCAGCUGUUUGGACCUCUCGACGGAAUUGCUGACCCUCAAUUGGUCAACAUUGGCUCGCUGCCGGCCAUCACGGGCACGGCAGAAGAGUGCGUGUAUACCACGGUGGAAGAGUAUAUUGAAAAGGCAUGGCCCAAGUGCGGGGCGAUAGUAUUGAAAUGUCUCGAAGAAGCUGUUGGCAGCGCCUCAUUAUCCUGCCAGCAAGGCGAACCCAUGUCGGGUCUAUCUAUAUGGGACGGAAGCGACGAACUCGGUCCCUUCUGCCCUGGCUUGCGACUUCUUCACGUCGAGUUGGAGAACUCAGCGGUUCGACUGACUGUCUCUGGCUGGUCUCAUAAUAUGAUUGAAAUAUUUCAGCAAAUGUGUUGGCUGUGUGCUGCAUUGAGCGCGUCGCCUUUCCCGGGCACACUAUCAGAAUGUGUCACCUCCAUAUCCGAAUAUACAUAUAUGAACGAUUCAAUAUAUGUCAACUGCAGUCUCGAGCACCGGCCUGUCCCUGACGGUGAUGGAUUACCCUGGUUACAGCGGAUGCAGGGAGCCGCAAUCGCAAGCGGAUUUCCCGUGCGUGGACUCACCUCCACGCAACUUUGA